AGGACAGAAUAACAAAGCAAGAUUGUAGGAAGCGCUACGGAGCUCUCUGCCGGGGAUGGAUCCCAAUAUCCCCAGGGAGCAUCGUGCCAGGACUUCAGUGUCCUUCCAGAGAGACUCCAGGCCGCCUCGCCCAUGUGCUGCGGCCGCCCCGUCUCCUGAGACCCCUCCAGAGCCCUUCGCCUGCGAGGUGCCGAGAAGAUGAAAGAGGAAAGCAUGUGCCCGGACUCCCCUGAAGGCAGCCUGGUCACCAGCGAGGAGGAAGGCGAGCGGCUGCACAAGAAAUGCGUCCGCAAGCGCGGCCAGGGGGGCAAAGCGGCGGAGGACUGCGGGGCCCCCUCGCCGCAGGGCAAGCGGAGCAAGCGCAGCCCCGUCCCGCAGUCCUUCGAGGACGUGCACACGCAGCGCGUGAUCGCCAACGUGCGGGAGCGCCAGCGCACCCAGUCGCUCAACGACGCCUUCGCGGAGCUGCGGAAGAUCAUCCCCACGCUGCCCUCCGACAAGCUGAGCAAGAUCCAAACCCUCAAGCUGGCCGCCCGCUACAUAGACUUCUUGUACCAGGUCCUGCAGAGCGAUGAGCUGGACCACAAGAUCACCAGCUGCAACUACCUGGCCCACGAGAGGCUCAGCUACGCCUUCUCCGUCUGGAGGAUGGAAGGGGCUUGGUCCAUGUCCGCGUCCCACUGA